AUGUUCUUCUCCGCUGCAUUUGUCGUUUUGGCUUCGGCCUGCGCUGUCUUCGGCGCACCACAAGGUGCCUACUACGCCCCAUCGGCCGCCGUCACAACCCCCAUCCCGAUCAUCGCCCAGACACAAGAACUCAACCUCGACGGAUCUUACCAAUACAGCUACCAGACCGGAAACGGAAUCUCAGCCGGCGAAUCCGGAUACCUGAAGAACCCAGGCACCGAGGCCGAGGGACAAGUCGCCCAAGGAUACUACUUGUACACCGGCCCAGACGGCGUUGUCUACCAAGUGGAAUACUUCGCAGACGCUGACAACGGUUUCGUCGCCAAGGGAGCACAUUUGCCCACUCCACCACCACUCCCAGAAGCGUUGGUCCGUGCCAACGAACUUGCCUACAAGAACGCCGCCGCCGAUGCCGGUCAAUACGACGAGAGGGGUUUCCCGAUCAACACCGCCAAACGGUAUUAG